CUUCCGGUCCCGGCAAUUUUUUCCCCUUCUUCCAGGCGCAGGGUAGCUCGAGAAACAAAGUGCAGCUUGUUUCUUCCCAUCACUUCCUAGGGAAAAAUGUCUGCCGGAAUCGGAAAAUGCAGCAAAAUCCGCCACAUUGUCAGGCUGCGCCAGAUGCUGCGACAGUGGCGCAACAAGGCUCGCAUGUCUGCCAGUCGCAUACCCUCGGAUGUGCCCGCCGGACACGUGGCCGUAUGCGUGGGCAACAACUCCAGGAGAUUUGUGGUGCGUGCUUCCUACCUGAACCAUCCCGUCUUCAAGAAGCUUCUGGUUCAAGCCGAGGAAGAGUACGGGUUCUCUAAUCAUGGGCCCCUGGCGAUUCCCUGCGACGAAGCCGUGUUCGAAGAGGUUCUUCGGUCUAUUUCGGGCUCGGAGUCAGGGAGGUCGGGCCGAUUUGCUAAUCCAGUGGAGAUUCAAAGGCACUGCCACGCGGGAAUGAGGAGCAAUCUUGAGGUGUGGGCCGAAUCUCGGCCGCUACUUAAUGGUUUCACUGAAAAAACGAUUUGGUAGUGCGGAAGGUGGGGAAGCUACUCCGAGGCCGGCGGUAGGCUGCGCGGCCGAGCGAUCGCGGUAGGGUUGGGCAAGUACCAGUGAAUAUGGUUUACGACCUCUUUUUUAAUGGCUGGUCAUUAUUUUGGUUAACGAUUGAGUCAGUCCCCUUGGGCGGCGGAGCAGGAGGGAGUGUAGCUUACAUACAGUGCUCCGGAGGAAGCUGAGGAGAUGGCAGAUACGUGGGUGCCACGGAGUCGUCCCGGCUUCGAAUCGGAGUGGAAUAUUUUGGUAUGGCCGUGGGAGUAGUGCCAAUGAAUUGUUGAAUCUUAAACGGGGUGACUUUUGUAAAUUACAGUGAUUUUAUUCCCCCUUGAUGGAAAUUAAUGAAAUUGUAGAGAAAUUUGAAAUUAAAAAUUUCACUUUUAGCAAGAGUGUACCACGUUGAUGUAAGGUGUACGGGAUAAUGUUAAUAGAACUUGUUUU